AAACGUUAGCUAGCUAGCUUCGUUAGCCAGCUAUUAUUAGCUUUUAAAACAGUUAAUUAUUGCAUAAUAGAGGACUUUAUGUGAGAGCUAUUCUAGCCGAAGAGGACGGGAGAGAAAAGAUGACUGGGGAAAGUGAGUUGGCGAUAAAAGAGGCGUUUCAGCGCGCUCAGAAAGGGCACAAUAACAAGGCUAAACUGGUGGCCAGUCUCAAGAACACGUACAACAAGUUGGAGGACAAAACAUUGUUCCACGAGGAGUUUUUCCGGUACCUGAAGCACGCCAUGAUCGUGUACAAGAGAGAACCGGCUGUGGAAAACGUCAUAGAGUUCGUCUCCAAAUUCUCCACCAGCUUCCAGACGCCUUCCACCGAGGGAGGAGAGGAAGAGGACGAUGAAGAAGAAGAGGACGAGAACCCCUUCCUCAGUUACAUGUUCAACUUCCUGUUGGAGGUACUACAACUCUGAGUCCCAAACUAUCUCUUAUGUACUGCAUUGGUUUUAACCAGGGCCCUGUGGUAGUAGGCUAGGGUGGUAUACCGUAUACCCGGGGUAUU